GGCGGGACGUACCGCGGUGUUUUGGGCCUCGCGGGGCGCGGUUGGCGUUUACGGCUCGAUCUGGACCGGGCGCCAGUUGGCGGCCGUUGGUAACGGCAGCGCGCGGGUGAUGUUGAUGAUGGCGGCGCCGGAUCCGAGUGGUGCAGAAAGUUUUAAACGCCCCGUGAUCGCUGUCCACCGCACCCAACAGUUGUAAACAAACACUUUGAGAGGCGCCGGCGUUGGAAAGGUGGAAGUGAUGAAUCAUGGCCUCGGUGAAGGUGGCGGUGCGGCUCAGACCGAUGAACCUGAGGGAAAAAGAACUGGAGGCCAAAUGCAUCAUACACAUGGAAGGAAACAAGACAACAAUCACAAACUUGAAGAUUACAGAAGGAAGUUCAGGUGAUUUUGGGCGAGAGCGGAUUAAAACAUUUACUUACGACCAUUCUUACUGUUCUGUUGAUUGCAGAAGUCUCAAAUUUGUGUCUCAGGAAAAGAUAUUCAAGGAGCUUGGCACAGAUGUCCUUAAAGCUGCUUUUGAAGGCUACAAUGCUUGUAUUUUUGCUUAUGGCCAGACUGGAUCUGGAAAAUCAUAUACAAUGAUGGGAAACCCGGAAGAUGUAGGCUUGAUACCACGAAUUUGCCAAGGGCUAUACGACAGAAUUGCUGGGAAGUCUAAUUGGAACGAAGCUUCAUUUCGUACCGAAGUAAGCUAUCUGGAGAUUUACAAUGAACGGGUCAGGGAUCUGCUCAGGAGAAAGUCGACCAAAAACUACAAUUUAAGAGUUAGAGAGCAUCCAAAGGAAGGUCCAUAUGUGGAAGAUCUAUCAAAACAUUUGGUACAGAAUUACAGUGAUGUGGAAGAACUUAUGGAAGCUGGAAAUGUCAAUCGAACCACUGCUGCCACAGAGAUGAAUGAUGUCAGCAGUCGAUCCCAUGCCAUUUUCACCAUCAACUUUACUCAAGCCAAAUUUGAUGCAGAAAUGCCAUGCGAAACAAUUAGCAAGAUUCACUUGGUUGAUCUUGCAGGAAGUGAAAGAGCUGACGCCACAGGUGCCACUGGCGUCAGAUUGAAAGAAGGAGGGAAUAUAAAUAAGUCUUUGGUCACAUUGGGAAAUGUCAUUUCUGCUUUGGCUGACUUAUCUCAAGAUGGGACAAAUUAUCAAACAAAGAAGAAACAAGUGUUUGUGCCUUACAGAGACUCUGUUUUAACCUGGUUAUUGAAAGACAGCCUUGGUGGAAACUCCAAAACAAUUAUGAUUGCCACCAUUUCACCAGCAGAUGUCAAUUAUGGAGAAACACUAAGCACACUUCGUUAUGCAAACAGAGCCAAAAACAUUAUUAAUAAGCCUACCAUUAAUGAAGAUUCUAACGUCAAGCUUAUACGUGAGCUGCGUGCAGAGAUAGCAAGACUGAAAGCUUUACUCGCUCAGGGGAAUCAGAUUGCAUUACUGGAUUCUCCGACGGCUUUAAGUAUGGAGGAAAAGCUGCAUCAGAAUGAAGCUAGAGUCGAAGAAUUGACUAAAGAAUGGACAAAUAAAUGGAAUGAAACACAAAAUAUCCUUAAGGAAGAAACUUUAGCUCUUCGAAAAGAAGGAAUUGGUGUAGUUUUGGAUUCCGAAUUACCUCAUUUGAUCGGUAUUGACGAUGACUUACUUAGUACAGGCAUUAUUUUGUAUCAUCUCAAGGAGGGCAAGACAUAUGUUGGACGAGAAGAUGCUGCUACCGAGCAAGAUAUUGUUCUCCAUGGCCUUGAUUUAGAAAGUGAACACUGCAUCUUUGAAAACCUGAAUAACAGAGUGACUGUAAUACCACUGAACGAUGCACAGUGCUCUGUCAAUGGGAAUCCUAUUAAAGAACCUACUAAAUUAAACCAAGGUAACAGGACUUUAAGGAAUGAUGACUGUCAAACUGCUGGGGAGAACUAUCUGGUUCUGGUUUAUAUGUCCCAAGCCCAGUUGGAGUCCUUUCUCUUAAGCCACAGCCAGUUGCUGCUUCGCUCGGCAGCCUCUGACAGCUUGCCGGAAGGCCUGUCCUCGAACUCCCAUUCCCUUCAGGAAAUGCAUAAUGUAUGUGAUUUUUCUUUUACUAGGCUUGAGUUUGAGAGACAGCAACGAGAGGAACUGGAAAAACUGGAAAGCAAAAGGAGACUAAUCGAGGAAAUGGAAGAAAAGCAGCAAACGGAGAAAUCGGAACUGGAGAAAUUGCAGCUGGAGGUGGAGUCACAACGCAAAGAGACUGAAAUUGUGAAGCUGCGCAUCAGGAAACAAGAGGAAAGUCUGAAGCGCAGGAAUUUAGACAUUGAGAGCAGGCUUAAAGAUUUGAUUGCUGAAAAGGAAAAAUUUGAGGAGGAACGGCAGAGAGAACAACUGGAAAUCGAGCUGCAAAAGAGAAAGCAGGAAGAGGAAAUUUACACGCGGGUCCAAAAUGAACUGCAGAAGUUGCAGGAACUCCAUGAGCAAGACAAAGCCGGUAAACUGGAGAUUCUCCGAGAACUGGAGAAGCUUAAGAAGGAAAAGGAUGAACAUAGCCAGAAAGUAGAACUGGCAAAGAGAAGGCUUGAAGAAGAAGCAAAAGAUCAACAGUCGCUGGUUACCCGACUGGGUGAACUGCUCCAAGACAAGCAGGAGACCAUCCAACUGCUCAAGCGAGACGACGUGCAAAGCAUCGAUGAAGAGAAAAACAUCCUGGAAGAAAUGAGGGAAAUUUUUCUCAAAGCUAAAGAAGCUCGACCUAACGGAGAUGAAGAGCCAGAAGACGUUCAAAGAGCAAAGCAAAGGUACGUGGACCUGAAAAGAGCGCAGCUGGAAAAAUUCACCGCUUUGCAAGACGAUGCCUUUUGCCAAAAAGAGCUCCUGGAACAAGAAAUCCUGACUGAGCGUGAAGUCCUUGACCAGCUAAGGCAUUUGCAUCAAGAUUCUGUGACGGUUCUUCAUCAGGAUGGUGAGAGUGGUACUUCAGAUUCGAGCGAGUUGGUCGAAGCUGCGGAGAAAGACAAAGAGGUCGAGCAGCGGUUGCUGGACAAGGAACGGCAGCUGGAAUAUUUGACGCAAAACCAUUUGCCUGCACUGAUGGAAGAAAAGCAAAGAGCUGCAGAUAUCCUUGACCAAGGCCUCCCCAGUUUGGACGUUGUACUCUUCCAGACUGAGAAGGAGAUUGAAGAAAAGGGGGAGCAAUUAGCGCAAUACAGAGCGAGUAUUGAUCAGCUCCAGCAACUCCAACAAACGUAUGAGUUUACCGCUAAUAUAGCUCGGCAAGAGGAGAAAGUUCGAAUGAAGGAGAAGGAGAUUAUUGAACUGCGAGAAAAGCAACAGAGAGAGGCACUUGAGCAAGCUGUCGCCAAAAUAGAGAGGAGACAUGCCGCUCUUCAGCGCCAUUCAGCCAUUGACCUAGAGAUCGAGGAACAGAAGCAAAAGCUAGCGACGUUAAAUGGCUGUGAAGAAGCAGAUCUUCGAGAUAGUCUGGAGGCAGAACAGAAAGCUCUGGAACAAGACAGAGAAAGGCUAGAGCAAGAAAUUCAGCAGCUGAAGCAGAAACUAUGUGAAAACGAUGUGACGCUAAGGGUCUGUGGAACUGUGGAAGAUAAAUUGUCCUACCCCAGCUCUGCUAGCCCUAGCAUAUCUCCGUCAGUAACAAGUCCAAUAGUUGAUGACAGGCUAAAUGCAUUCAUUGAAGAAGAGGUUCAACGACGACUGGCAGAAAAGGCAAAAUUACAAAAAUCUCAUGAAAUAAAUGAUGCAGCUAGCCUCUCCCUUUCCAUAGAGCAGGAAAAUGGGAAUCUUCAGAAUAACAUGAACCAGCGCAAGCUGAAAUACGAGCGCUUGUUCAAUCGAUCACUGGAGAUUGGUCCAAACAACCUCAAGGAUCCGAUUAAAAUUAGUAUACCCCGUUACGUCUUGCGUGGACAAGGGAAGGAUGAGCACUAUGAGUUUGAGGUGAAGAUAACCAUUUUGGACGAGACUUGGACAGUGUUUAGACGCUACAGUCGUUUCCGAGAACUGCACAGAACGAUGAAGAUCAAAUAUCCAGAAAUCGCCAGUCUAGAAUUUCCUCCCAAAAAACUAUUUGGUAAUCGGGAUGAAAGAGUCAUUGCUGAGAGACAAUCCCAUUUAGAGAGAUACCUCAGGAACUUUUUCGAGUUGAUUUUGAAGUCUCCAACCUCACCACUGAACCUAUACAAAGAAGAUUUUACAUUGUCGAAGCAUACCCUCUGUGAGUUUACGCCAUUCUUCAGGAAAGGAGUUUUCGACUUCAGCAGUCACGGAACUGGAUAAUUAAAUGAGGAAACAAACGGGUAGCAAUCAGGACCAAAAGCAGUGCCUUUUCACUUUCCAUCCAAAUCUUCUAAAUAUGCAGGCAGAUUAUCUCACAAUGAGCAUGUUCUGUUUCAUAUUUUUUUAAAUAUUUAAAAAAAAACACCUCCAUAAAGUUUAAAGUAUUCUACAUGUAAUAUCUUUAGGCUUUUUGUUUACUGUUUUGCUUCCACAGGCCAUUAUAAUAGAUCUCUCCAGCAACUAAAUGUGGAUUCUUGCGGUGUAAAUAUUUCACCACACCAGUUGAAAAUGAUCUAUUCUUUCACCCUCUGUUUAUCUAGAUAAGACAAAAAAUAUAUAUUUAUCUCAUCGUAAUUAUGACUUAAUCUACCACUUAAUUCUAUUCACUUUAUUAAAACGACAGAGAUCGACUUUGAAGAGAAAUAAGUUUGUUUAGAAAUAGGUUUACAGGUCCCUUAUGGUUCCAUGGUGAUAUUUCUGGGGGGGGAAAAAACAAAAUAAAUGAAUCAAACAUUUAUUAUGUGUCCCACUAGUUUAAGACAAUUGUUCUAAAUAUUUGCAGCAAUCUUUAGUCUUAUGUGUCUCUGGGUGUGGACAGAGGCCUGAGUACAAGAAAAUAUCGAUCUUCCAUUUCUGCUCUUUUCUAUUCAAUCCUCUGGAACAUGUGGUAAAUUUAAUUGAUGGAAGUUAGUGGCUCACUUGGAUCUAGAACAAUGGGUAGUUAUAACUCCUCAAAACCCAAGUCAAAAGCAAUGCAGCAGCCAGCUUCCAUGGCUCACCCAUAGCUAUAGCCAAGCUUUUAUUGUAUAGCAUUUGGACUAAAUUUUAGACAAAUGUAGAACAUUUUAGACAAUAUUUCCCGUUACAGUAAAUUUAUAUUUAGUGUAGUACAAUUAUAAGAUGUUAUUCUCUAAUUAUUGCAAGAGUUACAUGGGUAAUUGCUUUGUCUAAAUGUCGAUGCAGGGAAUUAAAAAUAAAAACAAAGCUGAAAAUAAUCAAGUCAGGUAGCCGCACGAGAGAGAGAGAGAGACAGACAGACAGACAGACAGACGGUCAAUGUUUGGAGUAGAUUAAAUGCUGAUGGUUGUAACAGAGGAGUUUUUCCUCCUGAUUCUCCUGUAUAAUUUCAAGCUUUGAGUUCAAGAUGGGCUCCAGGACACAGUUUUAAAACUUUUGCAGAAAUAAAUAAACCGGUACCUUUACAAGG